AUGGGUGCGCUGACACACGGACGUUACCUCUCCGCGAUGGGCCUCCUGCUCCUCGCUUACUGCGCGGUGUCGGUGAUCUCCAAAGGUGCCCCAGGGGAUGCUCAGCCCGACGCCCUACCCUCGGUGCAGGGCACCUUGCCGCACUUCAUCCAGGAGCCAGAGGACGCCUACAUCGUCAAGAGCAACCCCAUUAAGCUGCGGUGUCGAGCCGCGCCCGCCUUACAGAUCUUCUUCAAAUGCAACGGGGAAUGGGUACAUCAGAAUGAGCACUUUUCCCAGGAGUAUAAGGACCUCAACACUGGGCUGAAGGUGCGUGAGGUGAUGAUAAAUGUGUCCCGUCAGCAGGUGGAGGAUUUCCACGGACCCGAGGACUACUGGUGUCUCUGCGUGGCCUGGAGCCACCUGGGCACCUCCAAGAGUCGCAAGGCUACUGUACGCAUCGCCUACCUGCGGAAAAACUUUGAGCAGGACCCCCAGGGGAAGGAGGUGCCAAUCAACGGGAUGAUCGUACUGCACUGUCGCCCUCCGGAGGGAGUGCCUGUGGCGGAGGUGGAAUGGCUGAAAAACGAAGAACUGCUGAGUUCCAUGACCGACGACAACAUCGACACCCGGGCGGACCACAACCUCAUCAUCAACGAGGCGCGACUGUCCGACUCGGGCAACUACACCUGUCUGGCCAGCAACAUCGUGGCUAAGAGACGCAGCACCACGGCCACUGUGAUAGUCUUUGUGAACGGCGGCUGGUCCCUGUGGACGGAGUGGUCGCCCUGCAAUGUGCCGUGUGGGCGGGGUGUCCAGAAGCGAUCUCGAACCUGUACUAACCCAGCGCCUCUCAACGGCGGGGCUUUCUGCGAGGGCAUGUCCGUGCAGAAGAUCACCUGCAACGCACUCUGCCCAAUUGAUGGAGGCUGGGACGAGUGGAGCGAAUGGACCGUAUGCAGCAGCCAGUGCGAGAAGCAGCGGGGCAGGGAAUGCAACUCCCCAGCACCCAGACACCGAGGCAGGAUGUGCGAAGGCAACGGCGAGGCCACCGAGAACUGCACAGAUGGACUGUGUACCCAGAAUCGAAAGCUGCUACAUGAUGUUAAACCUCAAAGUAUGGACAGCUCCAACGACGUAGCUCUGUACUCGGGCCUGGGAGCCGGCAUCAUCGCCGUGGCGAUCCUCGUGGUGGCCGUCAUGCUGUACAGGAAGAACCACAGCGAGUACGGCGUGGAUGUCAUCGACUCCUCCGCGCUCACCGGGGGUUUCCAGUCUUUCAACUUCAAGACCACCAGACAGGGCAACCCUCUGCUGCUCAACUCCUCCAUGCAGCCCGACCUGACGGUGGGCCGGACGUACAGCACGCCCCUCUGCUUCCAGGACGGAGCGGACAAAGAGCUAUUCGACCCCCUGCCGGACAUCAAGGUCAAAGUUCAGAGCUCCUUCAUGGUUUCGCUAGGUGUGGCCGAGCGGGCUGAGUUCCAUGCCAAGGGCCCCUCCGAGACCUUCCCGCGGGACCUAUGCCGGGACUACAGCGGCACGGCGGACAGACGCAAGAAGGGCCUGCUCACCCUCAACGGGCCCUUCAGCGCCGGCAAAGAGCAGCUGAGGACCAACGGCGUGUUCGGCAACCCCGGGGGACGUCUGGUGGUACCAAACGCCGGGGUCAGCCUGCUGGUGCCUCCUGGAGCCGUGGCUGAAAACAUGUCCUGGGAGAUGCACAUGGUGAUCAAUCAGGGAGAGGCAAGUGUCCAAACACUGGAAGGCUGUGAGAUCCUCCUUGGCCCAGAGGUGACGUACGGCCCUCCGGUCCUGGACCUCUUCACCCCAGUGGCCAUGACCAUCGCUCACUGUGCCGAGGUGGACACAGAGAACUGGAACAUCCAGCUGAAGAGGAAAACCCAGGACAGCAAAUGGGAGGAAGUGAUGUCGGUGGAUGAGGAGAGCACUUCCUGUUACUGCCUGAUGGACUCGACCAGCUGCCACCUGCUUCUGGACCAGCCGGGCUCGUACGCCCUGGUGGGGGAGCCACUGACGCAGGCCGCCGUCAAGAGGCUGAAGCUGGCUGUGUUCGGGAGCAUGGAGGCCGGCUCCAUGAGCUACAACCUGCGGGUGUACUGUGUGGACGACACGCCGCACGCCUUUCAGGGAGUGGUGGGCGCAGAGAAGACCAGAGGGGGUCAGCUCCUCGAGGAGCCAAAGAUGUUGCCUUUCCGAGCGAACACCUUCAGCCUCCAGGUGUCCAUCCAAGAUGUUCCCCAGUUCCUGUGGAGCAUCAAACCCUUUACCACAUGUCAGGAGUUCUCCUUCCCUCAAGUGUGGUGCAGCAACCAGCAGCCCCUGCACUGUGCCUUCUCUCUGGAGAGAUACAGCCCUGCCACCGCCCAGCUCUCCUGCAAAAUCAGCGUGCGCCAGGUCAAAGGCCACGAACAGAUUCUGCAGGUCUACACGGCCGUGGCCGAGACUGAAAAAGAGUCCGUUCCAUUUUUUAUGCAGACAGACUGCACCGUCACGUCCCAGACGGGGCCCAAGGCCUUCAAAAUCCCCUCGUCCAUCCGCCAGAGGAUCUGUGCCACCUUCGACACUGCCAACGCCAAGGGCAAGGACUGGCAACUCUUAGCCCAGAAGCUCCACUUAGAUCGAAACCUGGGUUACUUUGCAAAGCAGCGGAGUCCGUCGGCGGUCAUCCUGAGCCUGUGGGAGGCUCGCCACCAGGACACCGCUGACCUUGACUCCCUAGCCAGCGCCCUCGAGGAGAUCGGCAAGAUCCACUCCAAAAGCUCCCCCAAGGACCAGGACGAGCCAGAGUCCGACUUCAAUCACGAACAAGCGGGCGGCGUGUGUGGAACGGGCACGCUAACAAAUCAGACGGCGGAGGACUCUGCUCCAGAAUAUACGGGCUGAGAGGAAGGAGAGAGUGACAGUGAACACUGACAAACUGAGGCAUACGUCUGCGGACGCACACAGCCGGUGAUGGACGACACACUGUGGCCGUGAGCUGGAAGGUCAAGAGGUUGCGAGUAGAAGGCGGGAGUGGUCAACAGGCCGACCAAAUUCUAACAGAUGGAGGUGAGCCGGUACCCGCUGUGGAUCUACCCCUCUCUUUUAAGAAUCUGUCUGAGGAUGGACUGUAAAUCUUUUUUUCUGCCUUGCCACUCCAUUUUAAAUUCAUUUUUUAUGUAUUUGUUGUUUUUUAAGUAAAAGCUACCCCUCCAUAUAUAUUUAUUUUCUAGCUCAGAAGGUGAGAGUUGGGUAUUACCCAACUUUGAGUUCACAUUAUAGUUUUUUCUGAAUUUGUGUUAGCAGAGAUGGGAGAAGCUUUUUUUGCCCCCGUGGGACUGCCCCUACCGCGUCCUCUCCUUUUCCCCAGUGGUCCACACGGCAGCUGGACAUAUUUGCAUCGAAGUUCUCAUAUGCAAAUAAGGUGAUACAACUGUGGCAUCAUUUCAGAGACACCUGAUAUAAUGUCUUAUUGUUUCCCCGUGUCAAAGAAUGAAUGAGGACUUAGAAGCUACUUUAUCGACGUUCCAAUAUUAUAUUUUUAAAAGGAAGCUGCUGAUUGCUUUAAUGUUGUGAUUGUGAACUUUCAAAGCCAAGUAUCUUGAAAUUCUCCCAUUUUCAUCUCUUGAAAAAAAUUCUAAAAAUCUAGUCAAAAGGGAGUUAAGCACUUCUGAUAGACAACCAGUGCUGUAUGAUCACUUACUCAAAAAAAAUGUUAAAAAUACAACAUGAGCCCAAGUCUAAUUUUGACUUCCUAUGUGUUAUACGCUAUGGACAAAAAAAAAAAAACAUGGUUGUGGUGUAAUGUGGCAGAGUGAGUGAGAGUGAGAUUUCUAACCGUGGCAUUACAGUUCAUUACAGUUUCCUCCGCCAAGCGAUAAAGAGGAAGGAAGCAACUAAACAUAAUUUCCAGGCACGGCAGGGAGCACAUGCCGCGUCUUAUCACACAAUUCCCCCGUUAACACCCGUCACACAGACCUCAUAUCAGUCCCUGACACACCCGGCUGAUUCCACCACCAACUAACCCCUCCCUCACACCAAACACACAUGUAGCCACCCACAUUGAUAUUUCAUGGCCGCAGUGGUCAUUUGCACACAGACUGUAAGUUAACAUAUUGUUCAACAAACAAACAAAAUAAAAGGAAUACUGAUGGUUACAUAUCUGUUCAAGUAAAAAAAAAAACACAGAUCAUAGUGAGAGAAUGAUGAGGGGAAGAAUCUUCUGGCAUUUGAGCUUGAAAUCAAAAAAGCAAAACAUAUUUUGUGUCAACCACUGAGGUAAAUUAUAUUUGCUGGCAUAUAGUACUGAUUGAUAUUCCGAGUUGAAUCAUGAUAAAGGAAGAUGCAACAGAGUUUAACAAAAUCGGUUUAACAUUGAAACUUAAAGGUAAACUGUUUAGGAUUUGGAUAACAACCAACUGAAUAACUCUCCGCUUAUUCCUUCCUUUCCAAAACUGUGGCAACGUUAGCCGCCGAAUGCAAACCCGUGGAAACGCCGUUCGCCUCUCUCAAAGGCCUUCCGUACCAUAAUAAACUCUUCUUUAGGAGCGACGGAAUAAGGGGCUGGCGGUACCAUGGUUCUGCACUCUGCGGCUCACGUUAACAGAGUUUCACAAGAGUGUACUACGGUGGCUUUCAGCUUAUGUGAAAACCUUAAUGUCUGGAGCCAGUGUUUGGUUUGUCCAUUCUGGGCUACUGUAGAUGCAUGGCGGUGCCAUACGGCGCACUCCCUGAAGAGGACCUGCUCCCCUAGUUUCAGGUUAUUUAACAAAAAUGAAAUCAUAGUUCUGAAUAUUAUAUUCCAUUUCUGCUAAUAGAUCCCCCAAAAUGCUGGCCCUUUAAAUCAUUCUCUGAUUUUGUUAUUGUGCCCAACUGAACCAGUCAAGCUUUAGCCAGCUAUUUAGGAACACCUGCUAUCGAGAUAAAAAUGAAUUUACCUGAAAACCAGAAAAUACACAUAGGGAUUUCAAUUUUUUACAUUAAAUACAUUCAGAAACAACAUCCAGCAUUCAUGCUGCUGCAAGGUUUACAUAUUGUAUCACAAACAACCUGACCUCUGCCUUGACUCUGGCAGAGAGAAGCAUGCUGGGUAAAUAAGGCCACCCAAAUUAUGCAAGAACAUAUUCUCUCUCCUAUUCCUGGAUGCAUCUAUCCAUGCAAAUACUUUUUAAGAUUUUGGCCUCUGAGAUAUCUGCCUCCAUCUUAAAUAAACAGAAUGUAAUUUGGGGUGCUUAACAUAUUGAGAGGUUACAUUAUAAAUAAUUAACAGUAAAUAUUCCAGAAACAAUGUCCCGGUUACUCCGGAAAAUCCACAGAACGUACUGUUAAAUUUGAAAUUCCAUUCACCUCCAUUAUACUGUGAACCAGAUAUCUCUGGAUGAGUAAAAAAAACAAGUAGACUUAUAGUUUAUACGUAUCUGGUUUCCUGAAAUGUAGGCUAAAUGAUUAGCUCAUUUUUAUUAUUUAAACAGAUGAUAGCUAGCCAGCAUAGCAUAUCACAGACAGGGGUGGAGCCGUAGAUGCAGGUUAUAUAUGUUCGCUUCUAAAAAGAGCUGACUGACAGCAGUAGGGAAAAUAUUUUUAAAUUUGAUACUAACACUGAAUCCCACAUCUUCACCUUUGUCUGUUGGUGUGCUACAUGGAGAUUAGCCUCGUUUGUGACCACAGUACUCCGUCUGUUCCUCUGGGAUUUGGUCACACAACGUUACACUAACUUUUGGGGGAAAGUUAGUGUAAUUUACACGUCUCUGCCCACAGUGAUAACAUGUUUGCCCGGGGUAAAACCACGGUACAACACACUCCAUUUGGCUGCUGCCUCUACUUGCUAUAAGCUAGCUAGACUAAUGCUGUGUCUCAAUUCGGACACUUCCGUCAGUACACUUCCAUGUAGUACACAGUGUACACAUGAUGUACUUGCGCUGUGCGUAAAUUUUAAAAGGGUAGUGAGGUCUGGCUGUUAUGCACUUACCAGAAAGACUUACGCAAUAUUUGACCGCUUCUUAUUCUUUUUAUUGGCAAAUCGCAAUUGGAAGGACCAGUAUCGCCAACAUUUGACCGUGAUUGUUGCCAGCCAAAAUAUCUGCCAGCUUGUUUGCUUACUUGACUUGAAUUGUAUUAAAACUGAAU